AUGGGCCAAGUACGCACACUCCACGAAUACCUGAUUCAGGAGAAUCCUGCAAUUACUAGACAUGCUAUCCUGAGACCAACCAAGCCUCGAGACAAGAGACUUUCCAUCUCCGGUACGAGCAAACAUAGUACCCCCAAAGGCACUAAGAAAUCCGGUAGCAAGCCGGCGAGAUAUCCGAAGCCGUUGAUCAUCAGGGACUGGAAAACACUUGAACCAGAGCCACUCUUGGAUGUGCUCCAGAAGACUCUAUCUCAACGAAAAUCGAGUUUACGUGACCCACCUUUCCUGCAUAGGCCACUACUCCAAAUCAGCAACGAAAACUCUCUGGAGUCAGUCUUGAUUCAAUCCAAUCAAUUUAUUAUACUAGAAGCUCUAGAGAAUACUCCCCGCCAAGUCGUACCUCCGAUGAGACUAGUCCGAGGAGGGCAAGCAUACCUGCGAGACCGGACAGAACCAAAAUUUCUCCCUGAUUGGGCUAGUAUAUGUGGCGAAGAGAAUGAUAUCAACAUACUCCCAGGCGAGACCAAAACUGGGUGGAGCUGGGACAGCACUGUAGUCUCCGAUAUCACCGACGAGGCCACAGGGGAAGUCACUUGCACUACGAGCGACGCGCGUCUUUCGCCCAUCGCCCAAGUUCUGUGGUAUUGCAUUCUUGGAAGGGCGCGCUACGGAUAUAUCAUCACGAAUUUGGAGCUGGUAGCUCUGCGCAUUGGCAGCUAUGAGCCGAACAGUCCUGGGGCCCGCAUGAGCGACGUCAUCGGCAACGUCACAGACGCAGCCAUCGUCGAGUACAAAGCCAUCGAGUGGUCGCGAUACGGCAAGAAGGACGAGUUCACGAUCAAUCUUCUGCUCUGGAUCCUGCAUCUCCUGGCCGUGUACCGAGGCAAACUAGACAACGCCUCCCUCGAGGAUAUCGUCGAGGCCGAGAUCCUGAGGCCGGUCGCGAAUGGCAUGGUCUACAUUGUCCGUGAUAUGGAACCGGAGUCUGAGAGCGACACGGAUGCAGAGGACACUCAUGAACAGGAUGUGGGUUUGGAGAUCAGUCGUGACGGAGACACCGAAUCAGAUCGGCCGGUGGUAUCACCGCCGCCCUCCUUCCGUAUUCCGGAAUCGCGUUCGCACCGCGAAGAUUCUGCUCUACCUACCACUCCGCAGAAGAGAAAGCGUGAGGGCAGACCCUUGCGUCCUCGUAAGAAGUAA